AUGAUGUGUUCUCAGGUCUUCUCCGUCUUGAGGUGAACCGUGUUCCCAGAUGUUUGGUGUUUGAUGCCGGUGUCGUGAUGUCGAACAUCAGGAGGUCGUCGUCUCUCCUCAGACGCUUCCUGUGUUGGAGUGAGGUCCAGUCAUCCAGGACCGCUUCCUGCUCCAGCAGCUUGUUCCUGCCUGACUCUGACGUGGGCCUGGUCCUGAAGUCUCAGUCCACCGACGUGUUCCAGAACCUGGCUCUGGAGGACUGGAUCGACACCAACGUGGACCUGCAGCAGCGCGGCGUCCUGCUGCUGUGGAGGAACCGGCCGGCCGUCGUCAUCGGACGCCACCAGAACCCCUGGACCGAGUGCAACCUGCCGGCCAUGAGGAGGAUGGGGAUCCCUGUGGCCCGCAGGCGGAGCGGUGGCGGAACCGUGUUCCACGACCUCGGGAACCUCAACCUGACGUUCUUCGCCUCCAAGAAGGAGUAUGACCGGCGGAGGAACCUAAAGGUCGUCACCGAGGCUCUGAGGCGAGUCAGACCGGGACUGGACGUCCAGGCCACAGAAAGAUUCGACAUUUUACUCAACGGACACCUCAAGAUCUCAGGAACUGCAUCCAGACUGAGCAGGAAGUCGUCGUACCAUCACUGCACGCUGCUUCACUCCGCUGACCGCUCCGCCCUCUCUGCCGUGCUCCGCCCCUCCUGCGCUGGUAUCCACAGCAACGCCACACCCAGCGUACCCUCACCUGUGGCCAACCUGCUGGACCACGCCCCCACGCUGCAGUGGGAGGAGCUUCUUGAUGGACUGGUGCACCAAUACAACACAGAGUUCGGCCUCAGCUCCGCCUCCAGCCUCGUCGACCCCAUGGACGAGUCCACGUUUCCUGACAUCAGCAGGAUGGAGAAAGAGCUGCGUAGUUGGGACUGGACGUUUGGGAAGACGCCUAAAUUCAGUGUCCAGACGCAGCUGGAGCUGACGGACUCCUCUGCUCGCUGCUCCGCUCAGCUGGACAUGGAGGUGAAGAACGGGCUGAUCCAGAGCUGUGACCUCCACGUGCCUGCAGACUGGCUUCCUGCGCGGCUGAGCGGCGAGCUGGCGACCUCGCUGGUGGGAGAGAGGUUCUGUCCACAGCGAGCUGCCGCAGGUGUCGCUGCGCUGCAGCGGGCGGAGAGUGACGAGCUGCAGAGCAGACUGCACAUCCUGUGUGACGCUGUGAUGUCAGCGAUGGGCUGAAGUUUGUGUCCAUGAGUCUGAUCCACUCAGGGCUGCUGGCGCCCCCGAGAGGCUCCAGCGUUCAUUACAGCUGCGGUCGUGUGUAUUCAUGUUGACGUCAGACAGAGCGAAGCUGCUUCAGCUGGUUUUACCUCAAAUUUCUCACUUAAUGUUUUUAUUCUGAGGAUUUGAAACCUGAACAUAAACACAACAAACGUG